UGAUGUGACAAGCAGAGCUUAGGCAGUGAUGGGGAACACUGUAAAUACAGAAAGAAGCUUGGCUGGUUGGGCUGAUGCCCACCUGCUGUGCAGGCUGGUUCCUAACAGGCCAAGGACUGGUUCUGGUCCACAGCCAGGGGAAUUUAGGGACUGCAGGUCUAUAUCCUUCACUAGAACCUGAAUUCCAUGAAGUCAUUCUGAAGCCCACACAGGGCCCUCAGUAUUUGUUGUAUAAACAAAUCAGUGCCCUCAGGCCUUAGAUUGACUGUACAGAAAAGAACUGUUUUAUUCUGUUUUUGUUUGUAGGAUGCCAUCUACAUAGCUCCGGAAGACCCAUAUGAUAAGAAGACUUGGUAUCACGCUGCCAUAAGGGUAAUAAAUUGUUAAGGCAUUCGCAGAGAAAAUUUGCCCUUCACAUGGGUAAAAGCACUCAAAAUUAGCUCUUAAGCUAUGUGGGGGUUAAAAUGUGUAUAAUUUUUCCCCUCAAUUGAGUCUUUUCCACUAACUAAGAACCAAAAGUGUGACAAGCAAUGAAAAGUUCUGUGCCUGAGAAACUUGAAGGUUCUCAGAGUAGCCUGGGUUUGCUUGAAUUUGAAGAUUGCCGUUGUUACGGUCUCUGUCAAUUAUAAAAUAUAAUCCCCCUGCUGCCAUUGUUUUCCAUCUGACACUUGUUUCAAUAAACCGUAGACAGGAAGAACGAUCCCCCGGACCUCUUCUUUUGGGCUACCCCCACUCCCAGACAGAGACAGGACAGGAUUGGGCCAUAGUCCAAUAAACAAACUAUCUUGUUGGUUCAGUAAAUAGGGUCAGACUACCCUGUCUGCAAUUGCUUUUUCGACCCUGAGAUUAUUUUUGAUUUUUAUUUGAGAUAGAGUCUUACUUUGUCACCGUUGGUAGAGUGCCGUGGCAUAGUAUGUCACAGCAACCUCAAACUCCUGGGUUUUAAAACGAUCCUUUUGCCUCAGCCUCCCAAGUAGCUGGGACUACAGACGCCCGCCACAACGCCCGGCUACUUUUAAAGCCUGGGUCUCGCUCUUGCUCAGGCUGGUCUCGAGCCGGUGAGCUCAGCAAUCCACGCGCCUCGGCCUCCCAGAGUGCUGCGAUUACAGGCGCGAGCCUCAGAUUUAGUAGUCACGAUUAAGUGUUCUAGCCGCGUUAUUGCCGUCCGCAAAAAAAGGGGAGGGACCCAACAAUCUGCCCGCAUCGUUGUAAAAAAAUUAUCAAGAAAUCCCCAAGGGGGCAGUGAAGCGCCAUCGAGGCGUGUCGGGUCCGCGAGGUCACGCGAUCCCUACAUCGCCCACCCUGAAGGGUUCACUGACGGGAGAUGGCACUAUCUCUGCACCUUCGACGCCCCGACUGCCCGUGGCUUCCAGCUCCCGCGUCAGGAGUAAGACCAGUGCGUCCACCAUUCGGACUACCUUCUGGCCAUAGCUUACUGAAGGAGGGGAAUAUUGCUGCUGCUGUGGUGCCUCUCAGACUUGGUCAUUAAUUCAAGCUUUCUGUUCCCCAUUCCCAUCCAGCUAAGUGUUUUGAUGCUGUGGGUGACCUGCAGGAGUGGCUGACAGUUGUAACUGACUUUGAAACUGCACAUGCAGACCUAGAAUUUGAAGAAGUUGAAAGAAAAUCUGCUGAGAGCUGAAGGAGAAUCCAGCUACUUCUCUGUGCUAACAAGAGUAUUGGGAACGACAAGAAUCAACUAUUUAUUCCUGAUGGCUUUUAGUAUUUACUGAGAUAUGGCAUCCGAGACGGAGAAGACCCAUGCUUUACUCCAGUCUUGUAGCACUGAAUCCCUUAUGUCCAGCCUUGGUCUGGGGAUAUUUUGCCUCAUAGCUGAUAGACUCCUUCAGUUUUCCCCAAUUCAGCAGAAUGACUGGCUUCGUGCCUUCUCAGAUAACGCUGUACAUUGUGUGAUUGGCAUGUGGUCUUGGGCAAUAGUCAAUGGAAUCAAGAAGAAGACUGACUUAGGAGAAAUCAUUUUAGCUGGAUUUUUAGCCUCUGUUAUUGAUAUAGACCACUUUUUUCUAGCUGGAUCCCUAUCUCUGAAGGCUGCUUUGACUCUUCCACGAAGACCUUUCCUUCACUGCUCUACUGUGAUACCCAUCGUGGUUCUGAGCCUGAAAUUCACUAUGUAUCUUUUCAAGCUCAAAGACUCAUGGUGCUUUCUUCCCUGGAUGUUGUUUAUAUCCUGGACCUCACACCAUAUCCGAGAUGGGAUUCGUCAUGGCUUAUGGAUAUGCCCAUUUGGAAAAACUUCUCCUCUGCCUUUCUGGCUUUAUGUAAUAAUCACAUCAUCUUUACCUCACAUGUGUUCAUUUGUUAUGUAUUUAACAGGGACCAGACAAAUGAUGUCUUCAAAACAUGGAAUUCGUAUUGAUGUCUGAGGUAACCAUAUAGCAGUCUUAGAGACGCAAAUGGUUUAGAUGAUAAUAAUUUAGAAUAGCCAACUUUAAAACAUAGGUAGGGAUUUAUAUUUUUUAAUUGUUAUAAUUCCUGAAUCCUCUUCAGGAGGCAUGUCCAAGUUUUAAAAAUUAUAUUUGUUUCUCUUCUAUGACACCCUAGUGCAGUGAUUUUUCAUCAGUGUGCCAUGGCACACUGGUGUUCCGUGAGAGGAUCUUAAGUGUACCAUGAAAAUUUUUAAAGCCUAUUAAUUAAAUUGUUUUCAAAAGAAGUUCAAAGCCCAGUGAGUAUAUUCUUUUUUCACUUUUUUUUUUUGAUCAACAUAAUUUAAGUGUGCCGUGAAAGUUUAACUAUAGGUUCAAGUGUCCCGUGACAUUAAAAAGGUUGAAAAACACUGCUUGGAGUUUCAUUUAUUCCAUGACAUAUUUCUAUUACUUCUUCUGUUUAUCUGGCUUUGCUAGUUGUUCUUUUAGAUUAAUAUCCAAAACAUUUUCUGGAGAUAUACCUUUAAUAUAUACCUGAUGAAAAACAGCUCAAAUUUUAGGGUGACUUAUUUGUAGAAAGUUUGCAUGCAUUACAUUUGGGUUCACAUUUUCUUGAGAUGGUGAAACAAUGAGAUAGCAAAAAAUAAUGUCCUUAGUAAGGUGUAUAUGAGCACUAACAUGUAUUUAUUUCAUAUAUGUUGAUCUUGGCUGAAAUUUAAUUUACAAAGUGUUUUAUGAGUCAUGAUUACUGGCAAAAUAUUCUUCAAAUAUUAUAUUAUCAUUAUAAUAUCCUUAAAAGACAGUAACUGACAUUACAUCUAGGUUAUUUCAGAAAUAAAUUCAGGAAAUAAUUUUUUAAGCUGCCUUCGAGAAAAGCAAGGAAAUGAUUAUUGAACCAUACUGGCUAUGGUAACAUUUUGCUGAAGUAAUA